GGAAAACAAAAACAAACGAAGCGGACAAAUGUCUUUUUUGAAUUUACAAACGCUGAUCAUGGUAUCCUCCUUUGCACCAAUGUCGCUGCUAGAGGAUUGGACAUACCUUUAGUUGACUAUAUUGUUCAGUAUGAUCCACCAGAUGAUCCACGUGAUUAUAUACAUCGUGUUGGAAGGACAGCCCGUGCUGGUGGUCAAGGAAAGAGCUUACUGUUUUUAUUACCCUGUGAGCUUGGAUUUUUGCGGUAUCUUAAACAUGCCAAAGUUCCAUUAAACGAAUAUCAGUUCCAAGAAAGCAAAAUAGCAAAUGUUCAAUCUCAGUUGGAGAAACUUAUCGAAAAGAACUAUUAUUUACAUCAAUCCGCACGCAAUGGGUUCAAAUCUUAUUUGACCGCUUAUGCUUCUUAUUCACUUAAACAAAUUUUUAAUCUAAAUAAUUUGGAUCUUCAAAAAGUUGGGAAAGCAUUUGGAUUCCAAGUACCGCCAAGAGUAAAUAUUAAUAUUGGUAAUUCAAAGAUACCCAAAGAACGACGUAGUGGAUCAAAUAAAAGCUUGGAUGGCAAAGCACAUUUUGUAAAGCAAAGAAAUAGUGUACUGAAGACUGAAAAACAAUGGAGUAGAUGA